GAAGCUUGGGAUUGGCUGAGCGAGGAGAAAAAUAUCCACAUUAAGCUCCACAAAGUUGUCUUACUGGUUUGUAUAAAAAAAACUACAACCCCCAGCUCGCGAACACAUGUAUGUUCGAUAUUCAUCACAGGCUGUCCUGGUGAGACGUAUGUGUUCCUCUCCAAUUUCGUGACAGGCCGGAAGCUUUUACCGGGCAAUGUGGAAAUACAACGGCAACACCCAGUGCGCGACGCAGCCCACCUCCUCUGCGCCUGCUCUGUAACGACUCCAUAUAUAGGUCGCUCAGUGUGUACGGUGCGGAGUAAUAGCGGUGUUAGCUUAGUGUAGUAUCCGGUGAUCGGCCAGUAACACACGGACCUAAACAUGGUGUGAAAGUGUUUGUUUGUUAUUCAUAUCGUGUGCCGUAGUCAUCCAGCGUUGGAAGUAGACGUUUUUAUUUUGAAAAAGAGAAAUAAAUGCUCAGCUGUGGUUUAUGUUAGCCUGCUAAUGCUAGCUAACUAGCAGGUUGGCUAACCGGAAAACAGGACCGGCGUAUCGGCAGACGGACGGGCGGCGACAAGAUUUGUGUAAGGCAGAAGAAAUGGAUGGCAACUCGGACACCGCCUCUGAGCGAAUUCUGCUGGAACCAUACAAGUACUUGUUGCAACUCCCAGGAAAGCAGGUGAGGACAAAACUAUCACAAGCAUUUAACCACUGGUUGAAUGUUCCAGAGGACAAACUGCAGGGGAUCAUCCAGGUCACUGAAAUGCUGCACAACGCCAGCUUGCUCAUCGACGACAUCGAGGACAGCUCCACGCUGCGGCGGGGCUUCCCGGUGGCCCACAGCAUCUACGGCAUUCCCUCCGUCAUCAACUCCGCCAACUACGUCUACUUCCUGGGGUUGGAGAAGGUGCUGACCCUGGAGCACCCCGAGGCUGUCCGACUGUUUACCCGGCAGCUGCUGGAGCUGCACCGUGGUCAGGGCCUGGACAUCCACUGGAGGGACACCUACACCUGCCCCACCGAGCAGGAGUACCGCAACAUGGUGCUGCAGAAAACCGGAGGUCUCUUUGGUCUGGCGGUGGGCUUGAUGCAGCUCUUCUCCGACUGGAAACAGGACCUGAAACCCCUCCUGGACACGCUGGGCCUGUUCUUCCAGAUCCGCGACGACUACGCCAACCUGACCUCCCGCGAAUACAGCGAGAGCAAGAGCUUCUGCGAGGACCUGACGGAGGGCAAGUUCUCGUUCCCCACCAUUCACGCCAUCUGGUCGCAACCCGAGAGCACCCAAGUGCAGAACAUCCUGAGGCAGCGCACGGAUAACGUGGACAUCAAGCGCUACUGUGUGGACUACCUGGAGAAGGUGGGCUCGUUUGCCUACACCCGGCAGACUCUGCGGGACCUGGAGGCGGAGGUGUACCGCCUCAUCGGGGAGUUUGGGGGAAACCCUCAACUGGAGAGCCUCGUCAAGCACCUCAGCAGAAUGCACCGUGAGCCUGAAGCCACGGCCGAGUCCAGGAUGGAGCCACGCUCGAGCCGCAUCCACUGACCUCAUCCACGGCGCUCCGCUCUGUGACUCCGCACGCGCACGGCUCACCGACACGCCGCACGCAUACUGGUAUGUUACAUUCACCAACUCUGUCAGGAUGAGUCAUCAAACUGGUUGAUGCGGGCAGACCUCGAAGCAAAUGUUGCAGGACGGCAUCUUUCAAGUGUUGCUGAACAAAGUACACGUCUCCACAUUUUUGUAUCUGAAGUGUAGCUGUUCAGUCAGUGGAAUAAAUAAAUUCAUAAAUGAACUUACUUCUUCCAUUGGUUUCCUGUCAGCUAUUCUGAAGAUUACAAGAUGGCAACAAAGCUGCAACGCCUUCCGUUUGAUGUUCACUGAAGGCCGUAUAAAUGUAUUCUUUAUGUAUUGCCAUUUGCCACCGAAUGCAAAUUGUUUAUCUAGAGCCGAAUGAAUGCCGGGUGUUUUUUUUCUUCUGAAGUCCCUGUUUAACAUGAGAUGUCUCCAGUGUCCGAUGUGCGAUUUGGAGAUCCUCAAUCAUGAAGCCUCCGGAGUGCCAAUCCUGUAGAAAAGACCUCUGCAACUCAAUUGUCUACUUGUUAUGCAACAUGCUGGCAUUCUAUGCAAAGCAGAUGCUCGGCUUUCUAUGCGUCCGGUUCAGAUUCGGCACGGCUUUUCACACACAUUAUUAGGGGGUCUUCAUUAUAUUUGUGGGUGGAUGUUGUGCUGCAGACCUUUUUCUUUUCAUCGAUUGAAUAAAGAAAAAAGCCUUAAAAAGAUCA